AUGUCUGCCUGCCACUGCUUCUAUGACGACGUCAACAAGAUGUCGCUGCGGGCCGGAUCGACAGUACGCGAGAGUGGUGGUGUCGUCUCCGGAAUAUCGACAGUCGUUUACCACGCGAAUUACGACAGCAUCACCCUCGACAACGACAUGGUUGUCGUGCAGCCUUUCGAACCAUUCCAGGUGGGACCAAACAUCCAGAUCGUCAAUGUGCCUUCUAAAUUCGGAUACGAGGCCCCUGCAGGCCUCCCUGUUACUGUUGUCGGCUGGGGCAUGGACGGCGACGGCAACCGACCUGAACAGUUGCAGAAAGUGGACCUCUCCGUUGGCAAGACAUCGAUCUGUAAGGACAUAUUUGCCGAUUACAAUCCAGUCACCGAGAGUAUGAUGUGUGCAGGUGUCAUCAACUAG